AUGGGAAGGGGAAAGAUCGCGAUCAAGAGGAUCGAUAACUCCACGAGCCGUCAGGUGACUUUCUCCAAGCGAAGGAACGGACUCUUGAAGAAAGCUAAGGAGCUUGCGAUUCUCUGCGAUGCAGAGGUUGGUGUCAUCAUCUUCUCCAGCACCGGCAGGCUAUACGAUUUCUCCAGCUCAAGCAUGAAAUCGGUGAUAGAGAGAUACAACGAGGUCAAAUGUGAAAACAAUUUGGAAAUGAACUCAGCUUCAGAAAUCAAGUUUUGGCAAAAAGAGGCAGCGAUCCUGAAGCGACAGCUACAUAACUUGCAAGAAAACCACCGGCAAAUGAUGGGGGAAGAGCUCUCUGGACUAAACGUGGAAGAUUUACAAAAACUGGAGAAUCAGCUUGAGUUGAGCCUUCGUGACGUACGAAUGAAAAAGGAUCAAAUGUUAGUCGAAGAAAUACAAGAGCUUAACCGUGAGGCGGAUCUCAUGCACCAAGAGAAUUUGGAACUCCACAAGAAAGUAAACCUAAUGCGACAACAGAAUAUGGAGUUACAUAAGAAGGUUUCAGAGGUUGAAACUGUUAAAAGCUCAGAGAAAACUUCUCUUCUCACAAAUGGUCUAGGCAUGAGAGAUAACUCGAGCGAACAUGUCUAUCUUCAGCUCAGCCAACCGCUGCAGCAUGAUGAGACACAUUCAAAAGCUGUCCAGCUAAACUAUUUCUCUUUCAUUUCAUAAUAUAUAUUUCAGUUUUAGCUGUAGCUGCUUGCCACUGCAUAAGCAAAGAAAACAAACAUGAGCAGACUGUAAUGUUUUCGAUCAAUACACCAACUUUGUUUUAACUUUCUCUCAGCAAAGAACUUUGGCUUCGGGUUUAAGUAUGUACUGCGAUGGUUCGGAGAAAUGUCAAAUAUAUUCGUAUAUAUCAAAUUUUUCUAUAAAAAAGUUGUAGUUAUUAUUAUUAUUAUUUUUUUUUUGU